AUGCGACUUCUGCCAAGUGCGGGAAGGCUUCUACCUCGAAUCGGUGCACCUCAAUUCCCAAACGAACCCGACUCCUGCGAAAAUCAUCGCGGAGAAAAAAUUGGCGGCCGCCCGGGCGGCGCAAGCGCCCAACGCGUUCCCGAUGCGGUUGCGCUUCCGGGUCAACCAGCUUUUGCUGCGGGAGGAGCUGCGGCGCAUGGCCCAGCCGAAUUGGAGACUUGUCGAGGAGGAAGAGCUGCGGAAGCGCGCGAUCGGCCGUGGAGAAGUCGUCGUAGAGAACGAGGAGGAGCAAAACAUAACCAACCGCGAAGGUGUUCUUGCCGUCUCAGGUGA